AUGCCUCAGAACGAAUACGUCGAGCGAUGGCAGAAACUGCAUGGAAAGCGGUUCGACGCCGAAGAGCGGUCCCGAAAACGUCAAGCCCGUGAGGUUCACCGUCAGUCCAAGGAUGCGCAGAACCUCCGGGGUCUGCGCGCCAAGCUGCAUCAGCAGCAGCGUCAUAAGGAGAAGAUCCAGAUGCGGAAGCGCAUCAAGGCCCAAGAGGAACGCAACGUCAAGUCCAACUCGGAAGCCGCCGACCUAUCGUCCGCCGUGCCUCAUUAUCUGCUCGAUCGGUCUGAGGCCACCAAUGCGAAAGCCCUGUCCUCCGCCAUCAAGGAUAAGCGUAAUGAAAAGGCUGCCAAGUUCGCGGUGCCUAUCCCAAAGGUGCGCGGCAUCUCGGAGGAGGAAAUGUUCAAGGUUGUCGAUACGGGCAAGAAGACGCAUAAGAAGUCGUGGAAGCGAAUGAUCACCAAGCCUACCUUUGUGGGUCAAGAUUUCACCCGACAGAAUGUGAAAUAUGAACGGUUUAUUCGGCCCAUGGGUUUGCGUUAUAAGAAGGUCAAUGUCACUCAUCCCAAGUUGGGCGUGACGGUUCAAUGUCCCAUCCUUAGUGUGCAGAAGAACCCUAAUAACCCUCUGUACACCCGUCUUGGGGUGUUGAGUCGUGGUACCAUUAUCGAAGUCAACGUCAGUGAUUUGGGAAUGGUCACGACCUCGGGAAAGGUGGUUUGGGGAAAAUGGGCCCAGGUGACCAAUAACCCCGAGAACGACGGUUGUGUAAAUGCGUAG